AUGAAUGAUCGCAGUGGUGUUUAUGUACCCCAAAGUAAGAGAGACCGAGCAAGUGGUAGUUCCAGCGGGUCUAAGCUGGAAGACAUGAUGGCUAAAAUGAUAGGAUAUGACAAGUUCAUGAAGGACUUGGUUACAAAGAAAAGAGUUGUAGGUCUUAAUUUUAUUAAUGAUGUUCAUCAUGACAACACCAUUGCGACCAAAUCUUUGGUUCAGAAAAAGGAAGAUUCAUGUGCAUUCACUAUCCCAUGCACUAUUGGGUCAAUCAGUUUUGCGAAAGCAUUGUGUGACCUAGGAGCCAACAUCAAUUUGAUGCCAUUAGCCAUCUACAAAAAACUGGGGUUAGGAGAUCCAAGACCUAUAUUAAUGAGGUUGAUGAUGGCUGAUAGGUCAGUUAAGCGGCCUGUGGGAGUCCUAUGUGAUGUGCUUGUGAAGGUGGACACCUUCAUUUUGUUGGUUGACUUCGCAAUCUUGGAUUGCGAAGUAGACUUUGAGGUUCCCAUCAUCUUGGGAAGACCAUUUUUGGCCACUGGAAGGGCCUUGGUUGAUGUUGAGAGAGGAGAGUUAAAGUUCACACUGAACAAGGAGGAGGUAAAAUUCAAUAUUUGUAGGUCAAUGAAGCAACCCAAUGACAUGAAUGUGAUAUCUGCAAUAGAGGUGGUUGCUGAAGAAGACAUGAGGGGGAUGGGAGCACACUCGUAUGCUCCAAAGAAAUUGGACCUGGACUUGAAAAAUAGGCCAAGCCCUCCAGCAAAACCAUCCGUUGAAGAUCCACCGGUGCUAGAGUUGAAAGAGUUACGUAGUCACCUCAUAUAUGUAUUUUUGGGGACUAAUAACACUUUACCUGUGAUUUUGGCUGUAGAUUUAAAUAAAGAGUAG